UCGUAGCUCCGCCCUUCCCACGCUUUCGUCACGCGCGGGGCAGAAGCUCCUGCGGCACGGUCGUGACCCGGCGCGAGGCAUCCGUACGCAGCUUUCACACCGCGGCGGUUAGGGUGGGAGCAGGUCUGGGGGCUCCCUUCUCCGCGCGCUUGGGCUCUGGACGCGGAUAUGCAAAUUACAGUCGCUGGGCUGACACAUAUAAAAUGAAGCCAGCAUCUGUGGAUUCCAGAAUUUUGGCACUGGCCGCUCAGGUCACUGAAAGCUCUGAUCAGGAUGUUCCUGUGUUGCUGAUGAAGUUAAAAGAAAUUUUAAAUAGUACAUCUUUGGGAAGUAAAGAGUCACAGAAAAUUAAACAGGAUCUCUACUAUUAUAAUCUUGUUCAAUACUGUACAUUGGUCCUUAAACAAGAUUACUCUCGAUUGCCUGGGGGCUGGGCUACUGCUGCCCAGCUAUCAGAGAUACUAAGUCAGUGUUGUGUGGGACUGGAGGUGAAAGAAGAUCCUGAAGAAUUUUACAAUAAAUUACUUCCUUCAGCAGUUGAUAACCUCCUGUUUUUGGGAAGACGUCUGCAAGCACGGUUUAUCCGAGCAAUCAAGGAUGAAGAAAAAAGUGAAUUCUUACGGUGUUUCCAGACAGUAACUGAUGCCAUCUGCUGGCUGUUUGGUGGGCAUAUUCAGCUAACAGAGUGUGUGCUGCAGAGUAAACAUUUCCUGCAGUUGCUAAUCACAGAUGAUGUAGAAACUGAAACUGCAAUGAUGUCUGUGUUACAGAAUAUUUUGAGGGUCAACAGUUCUAUGUUUCUCCAUGUGGAUGAAAAGAUCCUUCACUCUGUUUUAGAUGAACUUGUUUAUAAGCUUUCAUCUACCACCAAUCCUGUCACAGGAAAUGCUGCUACAAAAUUGUUGCUGUCAGUGGCAGAAUCUCACUCCCAACUUGUGGAGUUACUCAGUACCCGCUACAAAGGACUGAGAACUCUGCUAAGUAAGCAAUGGGCUGGCAAAGGAUUUGACAGGAAUCUCAAUCAACUUUUGGACCUUCUUUACUCAGAAUUCUGCAGGAAAGGAGAAAUGCAGAGACUGCAUCAAGCAGCUUGUUUAAUCCAGGCUGUGUGGAGGGGAUUUCAGACCAGGAAAAGAUUAAAGACGCUUCCUAAAGCAGUGACUGCCUUACAAAGAAGUUUCAGAGCUAAACGAGAACAGGAAUUGCAACAUUUAAAGAGGCUGAAAGAAGACGAGACCCUCAGACAACAAUUGCGGCUUCAGAGACAAAGGGCCAUGAGGCUCUUUCAUGAACGGCAACUGACUUUACUGGAAAUAGUCCAGGCUGGUCAGGUAGAUAGGUACAUUCAGGAAAUGGAAGGGAAGGCAGCGUUAACUAUCCAGAGACACUGGAGGGGAUAUAGGGCAAGGAGAAAAGUUCAUCAACAAAGACAAUCUCUUAAGCAGUAUAAGGCAGCUGUCGUCAUUCAGAGAGCAGCUCAUAAAUUCCUGGGAAAGUGUCAGAGGAAACGGAAGGCUCUCUCUCCCUGGAAAGAACCCACGGAACUCACCAGUGCACAGAAACUAGCAUUACAGCAAAAGGUGGAUGACUACAUCAGACUGCACCCGGCUUCCCAAAUGUCAGAAGAAAUGAGUAAGGAACUACAUCGGCAGGCCCAGGAAAAGCUGGCACAGUACCUGCUCAGGAGCAGUCUGGAUCGCAGAGCAGAACAGCGCAGAGAGGCUUUACUAGCUCAGCUCAACACUGACAUGGAGCUGUUGAUGAGUGCUCCAAGUCUCAUGGAGGCCACAGAAAAAGAUCUUGAUGUCUUUAUAAGUCGGUCAGUCCCUGUGGCAUGCAAAGCCAGACAAUCCCAUAAUACCAUGCUGAAAUGUACUCGCUGGCCAUGGUGGAAGAAGCUUGGAGAUGAAUUCAUGGAUGAUGAUAUGAUUCCCGAUGAUGUUCUCAAUACUGAAUUUGGAACUCUCUUUAUUGGUGGAAGUAAAUCCUCUUAGUUAGCAGACAGAAGAAAUUGUAAUUCAGAGACCCAGACUCAUAUGCCAUACUAUGCAGUCAUGUUGAGUAUGUACUGUAUGGGAAAAAAAACAUUCCAGUUCUGUGUUAAAACAAUGCAUUAAGUAGGAUCAAAAGGCAUUUUAAUUUUAGUGGGUUUGUUAGUCUUAAUAAAAAAAAAAAAAAACUGGAUAUGAAUCUCCUUUUGCAGAAGAACCUUGAUAUCUAUGCUGUGUUCAAGGUAAAAUUACAUCCAGUGUGAUGCUAGAAUCAGGAUUCAAGUACAGUAAUUGUAAAUAUGUAUUUGUGCUUGAUUUAUUUUUAAAAAGUUAAAUACAUGUAUGAACUGUG